UGGGCACGUGUGUCAGGCGGGGCUGUAGCUCCCCUUGCUUGCUGCACGCUAGACAGACCCAGCAAGAGAGAAGUGAUAGAAAACUCAUCAAUUGGUAAUCCUUGUGUUAUUGCAAUCGAUUUUAAGUGUAUUAACUGUUGUUCAGGCUUAACAAGUCUAGUCAUUAAUGUAAUGUAAAAAAUAAACUCUAAGAACGAGCUCAAUUACCCAAAAAACUUGACCUCAUAUUUCUCUUAGUGAAAACUAAGACAAUAAAUUACUAAGCGAAAAGGACUUUGCAUCUAGGACUUGGUGUUGACAUACAAGUCACUUAGUAAUGUAUUAUAACCGUGUUAAAUAUUUGCAAGUGGGUCUUUUUAACAAGAAAACAAAUAUAGUGUCGUGGUACAUAAGUGAGAGGUCAUAGGAAAAGACUUUAAAAUAUUAUUUACAAUUGACUUGGGACGGAAUAUGAGGCUUGAAAAAAGGAAAAAUUAGAAAUACAACAUCACAGGUAAUUGAAAUUAAGAGCAGACGUCUGGAAACUAGACAGGAAAGUUGAGUUGAAAGAAGUUGCCUCUGUGUAGGGUGGUAUCCCUGCAGGUACACCAGACUUGUAGACGUUACCUGCCACCCUCCAGGGUGUUCCAGCCCACCUACACACCCCACUUACCCACCCUCUGGGCAUCCAUCUACCCUCACCCUAGCACCCAUUUACCCUUCACCUUGGCACCCAUCUACCCUCCACCCUGGCACUCAUCUACCUUCCACCCUGGCACCCAUCUUCCCUCCCAUGGCACCCAUCUUCCCUCCCCCUAGCACCCAUCUUCCCACCUCUGGCACCCAUCUUCCCACCUCUGGCACCCAUCUUCCUCACCCUAGCACCCAUCUUCCCUCUCCCUGGCACCCAUCUUCCCUCCCAUGGCACCCAUCUUCCCUCCCCCUAGCACCCAUCUUCCCACCUUUGGCACCCAUCUUCCUCGCCCUAGCACCCAUCUUCCCUCUCCCUGGCACCCAUCUUCCCUUCCCCUAACACCCAUCUGUCCACCCUGGUACCAAUCUUCCCUCUCCCUGGCACCCAACUACCCUCCUCCCUGGCACCCAUUUUACCUCCCACUGUCACCCAUCUUCUCUCCUGGCACCCAUCUUCCCUCCACCGUGGCACCCAUCUUCCCUCCACCGUGGCACCCAUCUUCCCUCCACCGUGCCACCCAUCUUCCCUCAUCACUUUCCCUGAGUAAACCAUAAGAAAUUUAGGAAAAUAGUGAAAUGUCUUUUGUCAUUAUCAAGUUAAUUACAAGAGUGUGAAGGGAAAGAGGCCAUCAGGCACACCACCACAAGUUAUUGUUUAUUAUCAAGCCAGAGGAAUAAUUCUUUAGACCUGUGAGAGGAUGCAAGUAGAAGGAAGGUUAACGUAAGAGCACGAGUGAUGGCGUGCAUACGCGCCACACAGUCUGAUGGCUCUACCGACGACCUGCAUAAAGUGCAUCAGGCGAAGAGCCACAAGUCCAUUACGCAGAUAUACACGGAUUGGGCCAACCACUAUCUGGACAAGUCAAAGAGCCGUCGGCAUAUCCACGACCUGCAGGCGGAUGUCAGCGAUGGGGUCGUGCUCGCUGAAGUCAUCGAAGCCGUUACUGGUCAGAAAGUACCUGAUAUUAACAAGAAGCCAAAAAACUCAACGCAAAUGGUGAGUAUCAGACAUUUUUCAAUAGCAGUAUGUAUAGUGACUCACGAAAUCGUAUUUGCACGAUUACAAACAAAUCACAGAACGGGUGGGGAUCGAACCAAGCCAUGA